AUGAGACCGCCCGCCCGCCCGCCGCGGGAGCGUCCUGCGGCGAUGCUGGCGAGGACCGUGCGCACCGCGCUUCCCCCGCGCACCGCCACCCUUGCGGCUGCGGGAUCAUGGUCAUCGUCCGCGAUGGAGAACCAAGGACAGGUCGCCAAUCAAGUGUUUUUAAGAGGUUUGACUGGAGGGCUGGAGUCAUUUUUCCCUCUGUCCUUGGAAGGUUUUCCUGCUUUGCGGAUACAAAGUUUUGAGAGGAUGAAGCCAAAGCCAAAGCCAACUUCUGCCCCACCAGAGAAAAGGACCUGCAACCAGGUGUUCUGGGCUGUCUUCCCUCAUACCUGCUUCAUCUGUGCCCUAGUCAUCUAUGCAUUGCUGGGGGCCCUCAUGUUUUCUCAUGUUGAAGGUAACAGAGAGAACAAUGAAAGUGAGGCAUACAGGAAUUUCAUGCUGAGUCUUUGGAAUCUGUCAAAGGAUUUGUCAGAAAAUGCAACUUCCAAUGAGAUUUUCAAGAACAGAGCAUAUGAGCUGAUCAGCAAUAUUGACUUCAUAUGGUUUACUGAUCCCAGAAAGAAAUGGUCCUUUUUGGGCUCACUCUUCUUCUGCUGCACUGUGUUCACAACAGUUGGUUACGGUCAUACCUACCCUGUGACAAGAGUUGGGAAAAACCUGUGUAUGCUGUAUGCUUUGUUUGGCAUACCUCUAAUGUUCUUGGUUCUCACAGAUAUGGGGGACAUCCUUGCAGCUAUAUUAUCCACAACUUACAAUAAAGCUAGACAACUGCAGUCAGAAUUAUUAACCAGACUUUCUCCUGCAUCGUUUUGUAAGAAAAACAGAGAAUCAAAACCAGGAUCAACAUCAUUGUCUCUUAAGCAAAACAAAGUAGUCAUCCAUGAACCUUUGAAUAUUAAGGAAGUGCUAAAGCGCCACGCUUCCUUUCAAAGAAAGUCGGGGCAAUGUCAGAAUGUUGAAAUCUUUGAAAGAUUAAUUGCUCUGGAAAAUGGAUUCCUGGCACCGCCAAAACCUACCAGAUUUGAACGAUGGAAUUCAUGUCCUGAACUGGAUACAGGGACAAUGAUGAAUAACAUGAUUGACAAUAUUGACAAUAUAGGAAAAGAAGUGGAAAAGCUGGAUGUACCCUUUCUGCUGAUGACUCUCCUUGUCUUUGCAUACAUUUCAUGCGCUGCGGCUAUUCUUCCACACUGGGAGCAUGAUUUAGAUUUUGAAGGUGCUUUCUAUUUUUGCUUCAUCACUUUAACAACAAUUGGCUUUGGCGAUGUCAGCCUGAGGCAUCCCAACUUUUUCCUAUUUCUCUCAUUUUACAUUGUGGUUGGUAUGGAAAUUGUUAUCAUUGCUUUCAAGCUGGGACAAGAUAGGAUCCUUUGUCUGUACAAGAAGCUGAUUUUCUGCAUUGGUCAGAAAAAUGUUCCACCGAAAAUGGCAUGA